UUCUCCUCUCCCCGGAUCUACCAUCACCACUUCCAUCCCCACCUCGCUUUUGAAACCCGUCUCCUCUCCCCCAACCCCCAGAAACCAAAACCACCACAGUAGACAGCCAGCUCAGAUCGCCCGACGCGGCCGCUGAUUCUCAUCGCGAGCUGGUGGGGCGGCGGGGGCCGCGGAGAUGGCGUCCUCCAUGCGGCGGAGGCCGAGCCGAGGGGGCGGGGGCCCGGGGGCGGCGGCGGAGAACUGGGAGCGGCUGGUGCGGGCGGCGCUGAAGCGGGACCGGGCGGGCGGCACGGGGGCCUCCGCCGCCGCCGCGCACGCCGGGGCGGGGGCCGGGCUCGCCUCCGCCGUGCCGCCCUCGCUCGGCCGCACCACCAACAUCGAGCAGAUCCUGCAGGCCGCCGACGACAUCGAGGACGAAGACCCCAACGUCGCGCGGAUCCUUUGUGAACAAGCAUACAGCAUGGCUCAAAAUCUGGAUCCAAGCAGCGAUGGGAGAGGCGUUCUACAGUUCAAAACCGGUUUAGCAUCCGUGAUCAAGCAAAAGCUUGCUAAGAAGGACGGGGGUUCAAUUGACCGUCAGAAUGACAUCGAGGUGCUGUGGAAUUUCUAUUUGGAGUACAAGAAGCGUCGUCGAGUUGAUGACAUGCAACGGGAGCAGGAGAUAAUGAGGGAAUCAGGAACUUUUAGCACCGAGUAUGUCUUUCUCUCUGGUUAUAAUUGUGGUAUUAUUUGCUUCAUAAAACACCAGGGUCGUCUCAUUUUCUGUGACUUGAGUUUUGGCCAGCUUAUCCUGCAUGUUGUGUUACCUUGAGAUACUCGCUGAAACA